GUUUUCCUCAUCAUUCGAAAUAGGAUCAUCGAAAAAUUGAAGUGCGGUCCGUCGCUGUUAUAUAGAAGCCAGAAGGCCGCCAUGGCUUACCGCCGGAUUCCAUCACCGCCGCCAUGUCGCUUCUCCUCCCCUCCCAACCGGUUACGGUCUCCACCUCUGUACCUCGCGUUCCCCUGCUAAACGCCCUUGUGCAUUCCGCACACUUCCCCUCACGUCGAACUCACCUCCGCCGGCGAAGCAUUCUCCUCCUCGCCGGAUUCUCUUCGUCGCAGCUUUCUCCAGCAGUGUGUCUGCACAAACCCUUCGAAUGUUCAUUCAAUUUACCUAACCCUUUCCCCUUCGUCACUGUAUCCGCUGGAUUCGUUUACGUCUGCAGCUUCCUCGGGAUCCUCCCGUCAGACUUUUCUGAUCGGUGGAACUACCUAGUGGAGAUCUCGAGUGGCUCGGAGAAGAAGGUGAAAACCCUACCUUACCAUCUAAUCCAGGCUGUGCUGGCGUCGGAGGACCGCCGCUUCUUUUACCAUUUCGGCUUUGAUCCCUUCGGCAUUGGACGCGCCGUCGUUUUCUACCCUAAUGGCGGAGGUGGAAGCACGAUUACUCAGCAGCUGGCGAAGAAUAUAUUUUUAACAAGCGAAAGGAAGAUUUCCAGAAAAAUUGUGGAGGGAAUUCUGUCGCUGAUUUUGGAAAGGAAAUUUUCAAAGUGGGAAAUCUUAUAUGCGUAUUUAAAUAAGAUGUAUUGGGGACAUGGGAACUAUGGCAUUGAAGCAGCAUCUUCAUUUUACUUUGGAAAGCAUCCCUCCAUGCUUCAUGUUGGGGAAUCUGCACUGCUAUCUGGGAUUUUACCUGGACCUGAAUCCCUAAACCCGAUUUCAAAUCCAAAGAAGGGAAAGGAUUCACAAGCUCGGGCAUUAAGGAGAAUGGUGGAUGUGGGGUUUUUGGAUUUGGAGAUUGCACUUGAUAUUGUGAAGCAACCUCUUUGCUUAGUCAAUAGCUUUGAUGUACAAGGAGUUAAGAAAUAAAUAUACUUUGAAUCAGGGGUGGAGAAAUUUUUAUCGUUAUAAUUAAAUGUAGAAUUAUCGAAGUGAUAUUAACCACUGUUUGUUGUGCUUCAAAAUUCAAGUUCUUUGCGAUGAUAAGAUGUGCUUGUACAAUUUCAGUCAAUGGAAAGGAUUAUAUGGUCAUGGCUGCAAUGAUUAUACCCUCUUUCUUAAAGCUUUGCCUUGAUAAAUCUGCUGAAAUUUACGCUUACAACACAUCCUAGCAGUUGGAGGUAGAGACUAACAUUGUAUGUGAGGUGCAAGUUAUUACAUAUGUAUUUUUCUUCUAAGACAAUUUGAAUUGUUUA